AGUCUUUCCAGUUUGCGAUCAUUGAAUUGAUCAGUCGAUCUUUGGUUUUCUUCUUACAAGGUCGAAGAGAACAUAAUCCACGAACUGCAAGAUGUUCCAAGCACCAUACCCACCUUAUGAUCCAACUGAUACAUCUGGAUUCUCAUAUGACACAGUGGUGAAGAGGUGGCCCAUCAUUUUGACAAACAUCAUCGAUCAUGUGCAUCGUCUUCUCCAUGACAUGACUUUAGAAAUUCAACAAGUCCGCGAUUCGGACGUUUCCAAGACAGAAGAACUGUCUAAGAAGAUAACAGAGGGGCAAGAAAUUAUCUCAGAAAUAAGCCGUUUGAAGUAUCGAAUGGCAAGGGACCACGAUCUCGAAAACAUACCUCAGGAUGGGGACAUUCUGGUCGCAGAAUAUAAUGCCGAACUUGAGAGUCUGAAACAGACGUCCCGCGACACUUGGUUCAGGGCACCAUGGUUGUAUGCAGAAUGCUACUUAUACCGUCUGAUCCGCGCGUACUUUAACCAGAGAACAUACUGGCGCGGGUAUGACCCGUUUUCAACACAAAAGGAAGAAAUGUUCAAGAACAGCGGGGCAGCUAUCUAUCAAAUCGCAACCACUAUGCACGAAUUAGAAAGCGAAAAGGUCAAACUUCAGGGGGAUUCUGAUAAACUUGAAGUAUUGUUCAAGGAGAUGAUUCAGAUGUGCCUUUGGGGCAAUGCAACAGAUCUUUCCCUCUUGACGCACCUCUCGCCGUCGGACAUAGAGCACCUGCAGACGGUCGGUAAAGAGGCUCAGGAGGCGAGGUCGGACUUCAUUCUCAAGGACGACCAAGGUGCUGUUUGGAGUUACAUCAAAACUCUGGCCAAUCAAGGAAAGCGUUUGGACUUCGUGCUAGAUAACGCUGGUUUUGAGCUAUUUACAGACUUCGUUUUUGCAGACUUUUUGGUCACUUACACUCCGUACUUCUCUCAAGUCGUGUUCCACCCGAAACUGUUCCCAUGGUUCGUUUCUGAUGUCACCCCUACCGACUUUGCGAACACCAUUUCGUCUCUACUUUCUCCCACAUUCUUUCCACCAAACCCCACAACUACUCCAGAUUCUCUUGCCCACUUGCAGCAUAUGGUCACUCGAUGGAAAGAUUAUAUAGAUAAGGGUAUUUUCACUCUCGCCACAGAUAUUAGCAAUGGACAGAAGAUGACGGAGUUUUGGAAUGGUCCGUGGCCUUACUGGAACAUGAACGAACUAGCACCGGAGUUAGGGCAGUGGCUGAGUGGUUCUGGGUUGGUCAUUUUCAAAGGGGACCUCAACUACCGCAAACUUGCAGGUGAUGUUAAGUGGCCUGUGUCCACUCCAUUUCCAACCGCGAUCGGCCCACUGGCAGGAUCGUUCCCGCUUCUCAGUCUUCGUACGAAUAAGGCUGACGUAGCGGUGGGCAUAGAUGAGAAAGUAGCGGAGAAUCUUGAUAACAAAGGCGACAAGUGGAGAACAAGCGGGAAGUAUGCUUUGGUGAGCUUUUUGCCAGGAAGAAUUAAUCAGUAGACUGGCGCAGUUUUUGUCGUUAGAAUCAUACGCUGGAUAUGUGGAACUACAGUUGUACUUAGAUUAGAGCCUUAGAAUUUACAUUCCAACUCA